AUGAAUCCUGACGGAGGUCAGAGUUGGGAUAAUUUAACGGCGGACCUUGUCGAGCGUGUUGUUAGCUUCCUGGAUCCAAACGAGGUGGUAUGUACCGUCAAGGAAAUCAAUAAGGCUAUGGCGAGCCAGUUUCGGGAAAAAGUAGCUAUCCGGCUGUCGCAGCCCGUACCCCAUCACGCGUUCAACAGGCACUGGAGCCGCCCGGAGGCAGUUCACAACUUCACACGAAGUAAACGCCAAGAGCUCCUACUCCUGACGGCCCGCAGCGGCAGCCUGGCCAACCUACAGGUCGCCGUCAAGACAGCGGGCUGCGAGCUCUCCUGCGAGGUCUUCUACGCAGCAACCCAGGGCGGCAAUCUUGAGAUGUGCCAGUGGCUGCAGGAAGAAGACUGCUUCCACGUUUCUGAGGAAGUGGCAGCAGCAGCUGCCCGAAGUGGCCAUCUGGAAACGCGAUUUGAGCUAGAAUACGGGUCAGUGUCGAGAGUUAGAAAGCCGUGGAUGCCCGAUGUUGUCACGGGAGCUGCAUAUGGCUUCGACCUGGCGGCAUUGCAGGAUCUACACCAGACCUUCCUGAGUUACGGUGGUGGUAGUGGCAACUAUGCCAGCAGGCUGCUAACCCGCACCACCCUUGCGGAGGCCCUGGUGAGCCCCACCCCCGACUGGCGGGCCAAGGUGGAGUGGCUGCAGGCUCAAGGCUGCCGCCUCCACGGCGAACAGUACUUCGAUUCGGGGGCCCUUGUCAGCCGUCCGGAUGCUGUGGAGCGGGCACAGUGGCUGCUUGUGGAGGUAGAGGGAGAGGAAGAGGAUGUCGUAAUGGAUAUCUUCACCUGCGCCGUACAUUUUGGUAACCUGCCCCUGAUACGCUACUUGCGAGUGGGGAGGGACUGGCUUCUAGGACGCACGAAGGAGGCUGUGGUAACAGCAGCCAGUGCCGGCAACAAGGCGCUGCUGGUCGAGCUGGUGACCUUGGGCUGGCGGCUUGAUGGGUGGACUGCGCAGGCUGCAGUUGAGGGAGGUCACCUGCACAUUCUUAAAUGGAUGGGUGCAGGUGUUGUUCGGAAGCGCAUCCAGGAGCUGGCGCAGCAGCACCGGACUCUGUUGAAAUAUGCAACAUCGUGUGGUAGUGUGGAGGUCAUGGAAUGGCUGUUAAAUGAGAUAGACUUGCCCUGGAGUGGAGAGAAGUUUUUCAAUUUAGCGGUGGCGGCAGGCAGUCCAGCAGUAUUGGAGUGGCUUGUGGCCCGGGGCGUCCCCAUGGGGGAUGAUGGUGAGCUUUACGUAACGGCAGCACACCAUCACGACCUGGUCAUGCUGCGUUGCCUGAGGCGGCUGGACUGCCCCUGGGGCCCUGGUGUCUUCAGCCGAGCGGUGUACGACAGGGGCAGUACCGUAGAGGUCCUUCAGUGGCUGCACGCCGAGGGCUGCCCGGUGGACUGGGAGGAGGCCAGGAGCCGGGCCAAGACCCGAAAAAAUCAAUAUGUGAGGGAUGCAAACGCUGUCGCUGUUCAUGCCUGGAUUGAGAGCAUAGCGCCGAGUUAG